AUGUGCAUCAUAUUUACUAUUAUUGUACUUGUUAUAAUUAUAACAGUUCCAAUUGUUACCGCCAAAACAAAAAAAACAAACAGUGAAAAAACAUCAAUAACAGAAGAAAUGGAAGUAACAACAGAACCGACCACGACAACAUCAACAACAACAUCAACAACAAUAUCAACAACAAGUUCAACAACAAUAUCAACAACAAGUUCAACAACAAUAUCAACAACAAGUUCAACAACAAUAUCAACAACAAGUUCAACAACAAUAUCAACUACAACAACAAUAAAUCCAUGUACAACUGGUAAUUAUGUUUGGAAUACAUCAGGAAUUACCAUACUCGAUUCAUCACAAGUAACACAUGUCGUGGAUAUAUACAUAGACUCAAAUAAUACUUUAUAUAUUACGGAUGAGAUUGCUAGUACUGUUGUAUGGAGAUUAUUGAAGAAUGCUACAAGUGCAACGGCGAUUGCUGGAAUAAAAGACUCAAAGGGAUCAAGUAAUACUCAACUAGAUCAUCCUCAAGGUGUCUAUGUUGAUACAAAUGGAACUAUGUAUGUAUCUGAUCACUAUAAUCACCGCGUACAAAAAUAUAUUAACGGAUCAAACAGUGGAAUCACGAUUGCUGGUCUAAGUGAGUCACGUGGAUCUUCAUUAAAUCAAUUGAACGGUCCACGAUAUAUUACUCUUGACCCGACACAAGCAUAUAUAUAUAUUGUUGAUAGUUAUAAUCAUCGUAUUAUGCGCUACUCAACAAAUUCGACCUCAGGUAACAACGGAACAGUUGUCGCUGGUGGAAACACUAUCAUAUCAUUGAACCAACCGUGGGGUCUUUGGUAUCAGCCAUCUGUAAGUAGUGAUUUUUUUAUCACAAAUUAUCUUGGACAUUCAGUAAUUCGUUGGACACCUGGUGCUUCUUCGAGUACUUUCAUUGCCGGUGUGCCAGGUACAACCGGCUCUAACUCUACUCUUUUAAAUAAUCCGAUGGGUAUUAAACUUGACAAAUAUCUAAAUAUGUUCGUUGUCGAUCAAAACAACCAUAGAGUUCAAAUGUUUUGUGCCAACAGUAGAACAGGUAUUACCAUUGCUGGAACUGGUGUUUCUGGUGGUACUCCAACGACAUUAAAUGGACCAAGAGGUAUUGCAUUUGACUCGAAUAUGAACAUGUACAUUACUGAUUUUGGCAACAAACGUGUGCAAAAAUUUUUGAAACUAUAA